AUGUGGCCUAAUUGGUUCGUUUCAUUAACGCUGCUGAGCAGUGCAACCUUUCCAACGGAAAGGCUUCUUCGCGACAGAGGGAACACAACUUCCCGCAAUGCGGAAUUCAGCGUUGAGGAAGUUCUACUUUUAAAUCGCCGCUUCGUGGACUAUCUUGCAGUCAUCGACGAUGCAACCGCGGAGGAGUCCGCCGAACCGCAAUGUGUGAAUGCAAUGCGGCAACUGGCUGCGGCCUAUCUGGACCGCGAUCGUCUCGGAUUGCAGUGGUUCGAUUCUUGGGGAAAGAUUCCUUCGGGACUGUACCAUCAGAACGGAUACGCAUUAGGCAAUGUUGAUCAAUGUCGUGAUAUCGAACCUGUUCGAAUGCAGCACUGUACUUUUAUUGGAGCAUUUCCAAGCGACAUGGAUCCAUUGAUUUCCGGGCUUUGUGUCCCUCAUAUGUGCACCCCAGAUUUUGUGCAGCUGUUGUACGCAGGUUUUCUUAACACACAGGGUGCUAUACUUGUACCGAUGGUUACGCAGGAACUAUUGUGCAUAAGAGACGAGGAAGUUUUGUAUGAUGGAGCACUGAUUACAGCAAUUGUACUGUGCUCCAUCAUAGCACUUUGCGUAUUAGGUAGCACGUCGUAUGAACUCAUAAUGGAAUUGAUGAAGCGGGACGCCAAUCCGUUAUACAAGUCUUUUUCAUUGCUAGGAAACUUACGAAGCAUACUUCAAUUAGUUCCACGAGCCAAAAAUUCUCAGCAGAAGUCGAGCAUGAUUGAGUGUGCACACGGUAUUCGGGCGCUAUCCAUGAUCUGGAUCAUAUUAGUUCAUAUCCACGAACUCUUGUUUGUAGUUUUGUGGGAAAACAAUCCAACUUUGUGGAAGUAUAUUGGGGGUUUUGUACCUUCAGUUCUACAUUUCACUGGUUAUCUGGCAGUGGAUACGUUCCUUGUACUCAGUGGAAUGCUGGUAGCGAUGAGUAUGCUUCGAGAACUAGACAAAAAAGGAAAAAUCAAUCCAUUGAUGCUGUAUUUGCAUCGAUAUAUCAGAAUAACGGCUCCAUACGCGGCCAUGAUUUUAUUCGUCGUAUCCUUUGCAAAAUAUAUGGGCGAAGGUGUAUUAUGGAAGGUUCAUAUGGAAGGUUUCAAGGAAUCUUGCAUGACCAACUGGUGGGCCGCACUGCUACAUGUUCAGAACUAUGUCUACCCGAACAGCAUGUGUUUGACGUGGACGUGGUACCUUUCCGUCGAUAUGCAGCUGUACAUCAUCGCUCCGGCCUUGAUUUACCCAGUGUGGCGAUAUGGAAAGCGGGCUCUUGCGGCCACUAUAGGUCUCGCAGUGCUAUCGAUGGCAUGUGUUUUGGCCACAUUCCUAGUCAACGAAUACCGUAUGAGUCCUUUCGCACCGGCAAACGACAGUCGAAGAUAUGCGCUGACAUACUAUCCGACACAUGCACGCAUGGCCGUUUGGCUGUGGGGUAUUGUGUUUGGAUAUUUUCUGCACAAGACUAGCUUAACUGGAGUCAACCUGCCUAAGCGCUAUUGGACCAUCGGCUGGGCGACAUGUUUCGCGUUGCUUGCCCUUAUUGUGUUCGGCAACUAUCAGAUCUACGCUACCGACGCCGGAGAGUUUUCUCAUGUGAUUGAUGCGUUCUUCGAACCGCUGUCCCGUUCGGUUUUCUGCUGCUGCGUCAUGUGGAUAAUCAUGGCAUGUGUGAACGGCAAAGGUGGUCUAUUAGAUGAGUUCCUUGGAGCACCAGCUUGGCAGCCGCUAUCUCGACUAUCGUUCACCAUGUAUCUCCUGCAUGUAUUACUACUGAUGAUGGCGUCAGUGGCGCCAGCUAAAUCGGGUUCACAUUUCAGUGUGAUUAAUCUAUUCUACUGGAUAUGGGGGACGAUUGGGCUGACGACGAGUGUGACCCUAUUUUGGAGUGCCAUUUUUGAGCUCCCGUUUGUGACCCUCUCAAAAAUACUUUUAAGGAGUUGAAUUUGAAUACAAAUAUACUUGCGUAACUGCUCA